AUGGUUGAUGGAAUUGUUACAGAAUAUUUAUAUAUUAAUCGUGGUGUUCCUCAUGAUAUUAAAACUGCUGAUCCUAGUAAUGCGUUAGUCAAAUUUGCUGACGAUUUGACGUUAGGAGUGCCUGGCAACGAAAGUGGUGACACAUCUCGAUCUGAAGCUGCCUGUUUACAGGAUUGGGCGGAAGAGAAUAGAAUGCCCUUAAAUUUGGAAAAAACGUACGAAAUGGUUGUUCGCAGACACACCUCUGUAGCUUUGCCCCAACUUAUCCCUUCAAUUAAGCGAAAAACAUGGCUAAAGCUUUUAGGAGUUACUCUACAAGAUAACCCGUGCAAUUGGGAUUUGCACUUUGAAGAAAUGCUCAAAAAAGCAAGUGGACGAAUGUACAUUAUGAGAGUUUGCAAAUAA